UUGAAACAGAGUCUUCAUCGACUUGGAGUAAUUGAGGCGAAAACUAUGAAAAUUUGGAGCAAUUUAGAUCUUGAAAAGGAGGAUCUCUAUUAUAUUCUUACAUAUUCCGUCACUUUUAUGAACCAUUAUAAUUAUUAAUAUUAUUUUGAAGAAAAUUUAGUUGAAUAUGUAGAAUUAAAAUUUGUAAUUGUUUUACAGAAAUGUAAACAGAAGUCUGUCUGGGAGGAAAAACGACGUAAGUGGUUUCAGAACAUAGUUAUUGAAGGACAAAUAUGGUCGGAAGGGGAAGAGGUGGAGCCAAGAAACUCCUUCUAUUUUGCUGGCCGACGUAGUGGGAGCAGAGCGUAUCAUAUCCAUUUCGUUCUCAUCGUUCCUCCGGCUCUUUACCCCUCUCUUGCUUACCAUGAAGAAGUAGUGGGAAAUAAUUAUUCUGUCUUCUCUGUCUUCUGUCGUCAACACCCCCCAACUUCAAUUUUGUCCCUUACGAAGUCUGUCAUGUGCUUCGACAUGUCGGGUUCAAAGGUUAAUAUUUUUUAUUUGAGAAAAAGAAAAGCACAUAUGGUACUCGUAAUACAAAGGAAAGGAAGCAAGUAAACUGUCACUUAUAUUUUUGACGUUGAUCGCCACGAUAGAAAGACGCUUAAUCCAUGUGGAGACUGCAUUUGUAAAACCAUGAGGAGGAAUUUGAAUGUGCCGCGCGACAAGCUGUCACUUUCACCAAGCACGUGUUUCCUGUUGCACACUCAUCACCAGAACUGUUCGGCCAGAAUCGGGCGAGAUCGCCUCGCUUGGAACACCGUCUGCACUUCCUGAAGAAACCUCUGUCUCAGUUAAGCCUAACUCAAACAACAUCUUCAACGACGUUCAUCUUCGGAUAGGAAUAUAAAAAGUCUCGAUUACUGAAACCCACGACAACACCACCGAGGGUGUCGGACACGGAAGAACGAGAAAAAGGGGUCGAAAAAGAAAGUCGUCCAGAGGGUCAGUGCAGGAGGCGACCCGUUACUGCAGCCCGGCACCACCGGACCUUCACUUAUAUCGUCUCUCGGCUAAUAACGCUAGCCAGUUAAGUUACCGACUUCUCGCUCUUGCACUCGCCGUCAUCCUCCCGGCCUGGCCGCCUCCUGUAUCCGCAGAUAUCCUGCGGAUUCGAACCGUCUUCACCCGCAUCUAUCCAUCUCCAAUUUGCUUCAACUUCAACAUUCUCUGCCCGGCCGGCUGUGUCUCGGAAACUAGACGUCAAGACUAGACGGAUUGGUCCAAGAUCAGAGAUGCGGGUGAUGGUUGAGUGACUUGAGUCGCGUUGUGAUUCAUAAAGAAGGUAUAAUUAUCUUGGAGAUGAGGAAAGCUUCGAAACAGAUGUAGUCGAUGAAAGAAAGAUGCCUAGAAUAAGAAGACUUUCGUGAAAGUUCAACUACCUUGAUCCUUCAAGGGUUAAUCCUCUUUGAAUCUGAAGUCGUUAACAAGAGAUCCCAGCCUGUAAACAAAUCAAUUAAUGAGCUUGGAAUGGAAGGAGGAAUAGUAAGGCCGCGGUAACGCUGGUGGAACCACGACGAUUGGUUUCAUCAGGAGAACGGAAAACGUGUUCUGUGUAGAGGGGGAGGAAGUAAAGAGUCCGCGAGAGUGCAAUUAAAUCAGCGCGUGAGAGGCGGGCGCGCGCGCGCUAAUUACCGCCGAUGAAAUUAGCAGUUAAUAUACGCGUGUACACACGGAAUGGGGGUAGUUUGAUUGGGCCAAUUCGAGGCAAUUCCUGGCGAUUGCUGGUUUCAUUGAGCCUGCGCUUAAGAGCCUCAGUGCCACGCUGCCGGUCAACGGACAUGGAUCUCUUGGAAAGUAUAGGUACUCUUACCUUUCUCGUACUUCCUAUCGAUCAUCGUCCGUCGAUCGUCCGCGGUUACCAUCGAUUUAUCGACCUGUUCUCUUGGGACACCGGUUGAAAUUCACACGAGGAUCCAAACGUUGAAUUCCACCUAAUCUUAUGGUGGAAUUGUACGGAAACGCGAAUCCAUGAUAGAAGCAUGAUUCCAUCAUGGAAGAAAUGGUACUGUGAACGCGCGUCGAUCAUCGCCGAGCGCCGCAUACUGAUCUCUUGAUCGAGGUUCAAGGUUUCGGUUCAAGGACUUCUGUAAACGUUCCCGGAGCAACGCUGGGACAACGCGUAACGCUUUGUAAAGUUGAAGUUUUGGUGGACUUUGAGUGGUGUGCAAGAAGAUGGAACGAGGAUUCGCUGAGAUCAAGUAGAAUAGAGUGAGUGUAAAUUCUAAGUAAUCUUGCUGAUAUCAUUUUUGUUAUCUUGAAGAGAAUCGAGUCGAGCUACUGACUUUGGGAAAUAAUUAUUGCGUAUACACAGUGACAUAAUGCGAUUGCAGCUUCUUACGCAAAGAAACUUCAUCAAUGAUUAGAGCUUAACGUGUACCGUGGACUAAAUACUUAUCUACUUCUCAUUCGACUAAUUAUGCUAUAAGAAUUAUCUACAAGUGGUUAAAAAUAGAAGAAGCUAAAUUAACACGUGAACCAAUGUACCAGAGUCCUUGGUCCAUAGCGAUGAAAGGGUCAACUGGAAGCACGAACCGAUUCACAAUUUUCCCAUAACGAUUCGACGAUGCUGUGAUCGUGAACGAAGCGGCCCGUUCUGAUUCCCACAUGCCCCACCACGAGUACAGGUCAGCUACGAUUGUCGUCAACCAUGCCCGAGCGUUCUCCAAACGAAGCGACCGAGGGGGCGGUCGCAAUGGUGGUAGAACAACAUCCCAGUCGGGGACGGAUGAAGGGAGACCGGUAGAAGUAGCAUGCUGGAGAGACCCAUGGAGAACAGAGUGGGAAGUGAAAAAAAAAGAAAAAAAAAAGAGAGACAGAGGGGUAGGAAAGAGGGGACGAAGAGAGAUAUAGGGCUGAUACGUUGGAUCCGAAACGAGAGUAAAAGAGAAAGAAAGAGGAAGAAAAACGCACAGGAGGCAGUGGCAGUGGUACCGCGCCCGCAUAAAACGGCCGUCCUCUCGUGAAGCACGUAGAGGCUAGUAGGUGCUACAGGAUUGGUUGGCUUCCAUGUGUGGGGGCGGCCUGGCCGGCAACCCGUUGAAAAUAUAAGCCUGUGUGAGUGUCGGUUGAUUAGCCAGAGUCAGAAGAGAUCGUCGGUAGCGCGACAGUGUCCAGAUAGGCUGCUCCUCUUAACUCGUCCAACUCCAACAACAGCCGAUCAUCGUUCGGAUAGAAAGCGUAUCCCGAUUUAGAGAGAAAGCCCGGUCCGAUUCGUCUUUCCGAUCCGAUUCGAGUCUCCUGUACCGUCUCUAUCCGUCCACGACACCGGGACCGGCCGGUUCACUUCGUUAGCUCCGCUUCAAACUAAUCAAAAUUAAUCAUAACCCGGGCAACAAUUGAUCGCAAUUGGUCCGGAUUCCAUUACGGAGGACGCGCUAACGCAAUCACCCGUGCCACCGUGGAAGCGAACGCUUUUUUACAUAAUUGACCACCAACCGAUAAGAGGUGAUUUUAAUCGACUUCAUCCGAGGAGAGACUUCCUUCGUCGAGGAAUCAACCGGUCCGAGGAGGAGCGAACGGACUCAGCCGGCUGAAACUUGUUGCGCUCACGACGACCGCGAAUCACCGCUUCUCUGAUCAGGAUUAAUUGGGAUUAAUCGCAGGCGUCAACAGGUGACCCGUUCGCUUCUAACGCAUCGAGAUUGCUGAUAGAAACGAGUCGAAAAGGAAUGUGAAUGUUCAACGUUCUCUCCUAAUUAAUUGGAUACCAUUGGAAGAUUGAAGAUAGAGACUGUGACCUAUUAAGUUUCAUCGGAGGUGAACAAUUGUUGCUCUUGUAGCCACGUGUGCCUUUUUAGGACACAGUUCUUCGUCGCCAUCGUCAAGAAGAAUCAGUGGAGUGCAUACUUCUUUUAACGGCUAGGAUAUCCAAACCGCAAGUGUCCAUCGUCAGAAAGGAAGGCAUCGAUUUGAAGAUGGACGGAGGUCCUUUCGACGAUCCAAUCUUCUCAGACUUUGGCGGUCGAGGAGGUUCGGGAGUGCACAGUAUUCAAGUGAUGCUCGGCUUACACGGUGGACAUCACGGUGGCGAUUUAAUGCCAACCGGGGGACACCUGCACAAAUUGGAUUCUUCCAACAGUCCUCCACCUCAUCAUCAGACGUCCCAUCAUCAUCUACAGCAACAACAGCAGCAGCAGCAGCAACAGCAGCAGCAGCAGCAGCAGCAACAAAAAGAGUUAAAGGAACUUGAACUAGCUGGAAUGUACGCACCGCUUGCUCAAACUCAGGAUGUAACCACCUCGACGUCGAGCGCCGCAACGCCAACCUCGACAACCCUCCAACAGGGCUUACAGCUUGGAAAUUCUCUGAAAAGAAAGCCGGAAGAUCCGAUGAACACCCUUGCCCCAGUCAGUAGCGAGACCCAGCCUGCUAAGAAGGACUCUAAAAAGAAGACUGAUAACAAUGGAAUCAAGAAAAAGAAAACUAGAACCACGUUUACCGCAUAUCAGUUGGAAGAGUUAGAGAGGGCAUUCGAACGUGCACCGUAUCCUGACGUGUUUGCACGCGAAGAACUCGCUCUGAAGCUAGCACUGUCGGAAUCCAGGGUUCAAGUUUGGUUCCAGAAUCGACGCGCAAAAUGGCGAAAGAGGGAACCUCCCCGCAAAACUGCCGGCUACAUGGCUGCUGGUUCAGCGAGUCCUGGUUUGUCAGGUUCGUUCACCUCGCUGAACAACACCCUGAACCCGUUCGCUUCUCCAACAACGGCGACCGCACCCCCCGAUGCAUGGGCGUAUUCACCAGCCUAUGACCUGGCACCGCAUCUCAAUCUCCUAAGUUCCUCCAAUUCUCCUUAUUCCACCUCGUUUGGUGGACCGAGUAACAAUGGAUCGGCGUACACAUACGGGACGAUGCUACCGCAGCACGAUGCCUCGUUGUUCUCCACACCCUCGGGAAACACGAUGCGCGUCCAUCAGGAUUACAUGAAUGCUAGCAACAGUCCACCACCGCCUUUGACUCGCAACGAUUACCAAACGAUGGUCACCACUCAUUCACCGCCAACUCAUCUGGCCAACUCCAUGUCCGAGGAGGAACAUCAACAGAAUAAGCAACUGGACUAUGUCAGUGGGCUCAGUCCAGCAGAUAAGUAUCAACACGAACAGCCAGAUUACACGCAACAGCAGCAACAACAGCAACAACAGCAACAGGAUCAGAAACAAGAAUACGGGAUGCACUCGCCGCAAGGACGUCAGGGGAUGAAGGAACAAGUGAUGGUGAAGAGUGAACCCACCAGCCAACAGAAUUACGUACAGUUGCCUCCUUUUCUGAACUGACUCGAAACCUCCGUUCUAAACUUGUUCUAAAAGAAGACGGUUGCUUCCGUUUAUCUUCUUCCUUUCACAUUUGAUAUUGUUUAAUGGAAAAGCUUUUUUUCCUUGGUUGAAUAAGAGAGACUUUGCUCUUUGUAUCUGUUGGAAAAAGGUAAGGGUAAAAAAGGAAAUAUAUGAAUGCAGUUUAUAAUUGCAGUAAACAAUGUGUAUAGGAAAAGAGAAAAAUACCCUUUGAAUACAAAAUGAUUAUAUUAAAGAAACUUUGGGUACGUAUUUUAGUUUCAAAUGCGAAUUUAAUUGUAUAUAAAAUGCCCCGCGAUAAAACUACUUUAUGUAAUUCUAUUAUGUAUGAUUGUUUUUUGAAAUACCUAUUUCUGAAUUUAUAGAUCUUAUAAACUUUAUCACCUUAUAAAUAAUUUUCUAAAAGACAUUAUAGUAAUGCGGCGAUGAAUUGUAGAUAUUCUUCCUGAAUGUUAAAAAAAAUAAACCGCGUUUCUUUAUUUUUAUACUAAACAUAUAAGUAAAAAAACAUACCAAAUACUUUAAGAAUAAAUGAAGAAGCCAUUGUAAGAUAUUUAUGGAAGCAUUCCAGUGCCUUAAAAAUGUAGUUUAAUCCAAUGUAUGUAUUCUUAUGAACGAAUGUAAGUAUUUUUGUAUCGUUUUCUCUUUUGUUCAUACUUAUUUGAAUAAAAAGCGUAAAUGAUAUUAAAUAAAAUUGAACACCGUUGUGUUUCAUACUCUUAUA